AAUAAGAGUUCCUCUCUUCAGUUCUUCCUUUCUAAAAAAAGAAAAGAGGAAAAAAAUACCCAACUCUUCAAACACACCCCCGACAACUGCACGCAUACAGAAAGAAAUGGAGACUGUGAACAGAGGCAAGAUCCUUCUCGGUCUAGAAAUCAAUCUGGUUCUAUUUUAUGUCGGUGCUGUGGGUGCCUGUACCGUCUCCGUUAGGCAGCCACAUUACCUAGAGGUGGACUAUACUCAUAAGGCUGUCACUAUAGAGUGCACCUUCUCCACAACCGGAUGCCCUUCAGAGCAACCCAUGAGCCUGUGGUUUCGCUAUGGCGCUCAGCAGCCUGAGAACCUGUGCUUGGAUGGAUGCAGAAGUGAAACGGACAAAUUCACAGUGGGGGAAGCCCUGGCCCAGAACCGAGUUUCUCUCACUGUCAACAGGGUGACAUCAAAUGACAGUGCAAUUUACAUCUGUGGAAUAGCAUUUCCUAGAGAAAAGACAUCGAGAGCCAAGCAAACUGGAGAAGGGACCACACUGGUGGUAAGAGAAAGUAAGCUUCUCAGCAAGGAACUGCAGAGUCUCCUGACAGUGCUCUUAGUGCUGCUCUCCAUCUACAUUACUGGGGUAUGUGUGGCCUUCAUAGUCCUCUCCAAGUCAAAAUCUAAUAUUCUAAGAAACAGAGAAACAAAAGAAGAUUCACAAAAGAAGAAAAGUGCUCGGCGUAUUUUUCAGGAAAUUGCUCAAGAACUAUAUCACAAAAGAUACGCAGAAACAGGCCCACAACUUGAGAAAGACAAUAUUUAUGAAAACAGAAGAGCACUUUCCAACUGUGAAAGACCAUAGAUAUAUUUUGAUUUUCAAAUUUUAAUUCACUGAAAAUCCAACUCCAGAAGCUAUGGAAAUGCACCAAUCAGAUCAUUUAAAAAACAAAUAAAGGUAAAAGGAAAAGACAACUGGCUGCAAAAAAGGCGGCCAGGGCAUAAGGAAGCUACAACUAAUAGUAAUUAAAACCCAACAAAAUGCAAUUGAAAAGUUCUUUCCUAAUUUGCCAAUAAAAUUCUAAGCAACCUAAUCAGAUUAUAGGCAUGCAGCUUCAAAAAAUUUUCUGACAUGUAUCCUG